ACAGAAAAGGGUUUGAUUGCUCGAUCUUUAUGCACCGAACGGCCAUCCUAAGCGUGCCCGCUUAAUCAGCAAAGUCACCACUCCACCAUGACUUGUAAGCCAUCCUAUGUGGCAAACAGCAUGCGACCACAAACAAGCUCUUGGGUAAAGGGCCAUGCUAAUCCUGUGUUUACGAUGAGGAGGACGGAUGAGCAACAGGAAGUGGAGUGCGAGGAGGAGGAGGAGGAGGAAGCGGAGGAGGACAAAUGGGAGGAUGAGCGGGAGGAGGAAGAGUGGGAUGAGGCGUGGGAGGAGGGGGAGGAUGACAACCGGGAGGAAGAGGAGCUUGGGGGGACUCAGAAGGAAAAAGAGUGGAAGGACAACGAGGGGCACGAGCAGGACAAGGAGGGCGAGGACAACCACCGGGAGGACAAGGAGAAGCAGGACGACAACGAGCGGGAGGAUGGCAACCAAUGACGAUGAGAGCGGGAGGAGGAGGGGGGAGAGUCCCAGAACG